AUGAGCACCCAAGCCAAAUUGGAGGAAGAGAACCUGCCAGACUACGAUGCCGCCGACUAUUUCCCAGUUGGCAUUGGUCAAAUUUUCAAUUCUAGAUACCAGGUUCUAGGAAAGCUUGGAUUUGGUAACAACUCGACUGUGGCUGUCGCGAGAUUUACGGCAACUUUGGACUAUGUUCAUAGUUCUUGCCAUUUGAUUCACACAGAUAUCAAGGCAAGCAACAUCUUGUCAGAGAUUGAGGAUGAAUCUAUACUCGCAGCCUUUGAGGCCUUUGAGGCCGAGUCUCCAAGCCCCAAGGUCAUUAGACCUGACCGCACCAUCUACACCUCCCGAAAGCUUGGUCUUCCAAAGACAUUCGUGCCCCCAGUUCUAUGCGACUUUGGAGUGGCGCGUUUUGGGGACGAAGUGAACAAUGAGGAUAUACAGCCCGAGGUAUACCGUUCAGCCGAGGUCAUCUUGGAGAUGAAUUGGAACUAUCCGGUAGAUAUCUGGAAUGUUGGGGUGAUGGACAAACACAGGUUCGAUGGCCGCGACCCGACCGGCAAAUACUCGAAUCGAUAUCAGCUCGCGGAGAUGAUAGCAUACAUGGGACCGCCACCACUAAAAAUUCCUGCAGCGCAGCGAAGAAAGCCGGAACUAUUUCGACAGGCAAGCUUAUCCGCAAUGUCGGACUUCCAAGCUCCUACGUAUGUAACCGCUGGCCUGCGUCAACGAUCCUGCAAACGAGUUACGUGCAAUGCCACUUCACGAGGUGCAUCAGGCAACUGCUGUGACGACAGUUGUCUGGUCGAAGUUGCACGCCGCGAGUGCAACAACGAAUGCGGCCAUGAUCCAGUUGAACUCGAAAAGUCCUCGCAGCCCCGCGAUUCGGUCGCCGACAGCGAUGUUGCUCUCAAGGCCAAAUCUGGCAACCAGCCCUGCGCACGUCACUAUAAGAAGACUAGAGAUCAGUAUGGCGCAAUGUUGAACAAUCUCGGAUGCAUUUGCAAGGUGCUGUUAUCGUUGAACAUGGAGACAUGCUGUGUUAUUCCCUCUCAUGCAUCUAUCCGGUCGAAACGGUCAACAACGUCUGCCAAGUCCACCGCUUCAAACACGCAUCAUUCACCCGAGUCGAUGCCAUCAGUGGAAACCAAGAAGGCUAGUGAUUGCUCUGAAAAGAGUAGCUGCUGUGGCGAUUCUUCCAAGACACUCGCGAAGACGGUUGCUGAAGUCGCUGUUUCCAAAAUGGACGACUGUUCCAAGGAGGGCUGCUGUAGUAGUAAGAGCUCUGCUAAAGAAGCCUCCGAAGCCACUACAUCUGCAGUCGAUACCCGUCUCACGAGAAGCUGCUGCAGCGGUUCUGCCAAGGCGGUUUCUGCGGUUUCUACGGUCUCUUCACCCAAGAUUAAUAACUGCCCCAAGACGGGCUGUUGUACCAGUAAUCUUUCGAAGGCGGCCUCCGAAGAUAUAGUUGCCGUGGUAGAUGACUAUUCCAAGACAAGUUGCUGCAGCAAAAGUGCUUUGAAUCCCGUCUCUCCAGCCAACGUUUCGCAAGCGGACGACUGCUCCAAGAAAGCUUGUUGCAUUAGCGAAUUAUCGGCCAGCUCAUCAUCUUCCAAGAGCAACACAGAGGCAAAACUAGCAUUGGCCGCUUCGGACUGCAUCAAAGAUGUCGUUUUAGCACCGGCUACUGCCCAAGUCGCCGGAACCGAUGAUAUUGACAUGGAGAAGGGUCUGCUCCAAGUUGAGCAUCUGGUCUUAAAUGUUCAAGGUAUGACUUGCACUGGUUGCGAGAAAAAGCUCUACAAAUCUCUCAAUUCACUUCCGACAAUUUCAAACGUGAAAACCAGUCUUGUUCUAGCGCAAGCCGAGUUUGACCUGAGGAGAUCCGACACUAGUGAUAACGUUGAUAUUAUCAAGAUCAUCGAGAGAAUGACAGGGUUCACCUGCACCAAGAUGAUUCAAUCUGGACAGGAGCUGGAUAUGAUUGUGGGUGACCAUGCACAGGGCUUCGCUGGCAAACAAGACUUGCCGCUUGGGAUCACCGAUCUAAGCGUGCUGAACAAGAAUACCAUCCGCGUCACCUACCAUCCCAAGAUCGUUGGUGCCAGAGAGUUGCUAGCCGAUCCAUUCUUUCGAUCCGCAAAACUUGCUCCUCCUGCAGUUCGUCUCCAGAUCGCUUCGGGCAGAGCUCAUGUCCGCAUGACGUUCUUCAUGACGAUUUUAUCUGCUCUGUUGACUAUACCAGUCCUCAUCUUAGCCUGGGCUCCACUCCCACCACAUAAAAUACUUUAUGGCGCUAUUUCGCUGGCGCUUGCUACAACUGUUCAGAUUGCCAUUGCUGGGCCCUUCUAUACCGGCGCUCUCAAGGCCCUCGUCUUCUCGCGCAUGAUAGAGAUGGAUUUGCUUAUUGUCCUUAGUACUACCACUGCAUACAUCUAUUCGGUUAUUGCAUACGCCUAUCUAGCAGCAGGAAAGCCUUUAUCGACCGGGGAAUUCUUCGAAACUAGUACAUUACUAGUUACCCUCAUAAUGGUUGGCCGCGCUGUGAGCGCUUUUGCCCGGCAAAGAGCUGUCGAGUCGAUCUCCAUUGAGUCGUUGCAGACGCCUACAGCACUUCUUAUAGAUCCCGAGACACACCAAGAGCAGGUAAUCGAUGCACGUCUGCUCCAAUAUCAGGACACCUUCAAAGUUUUGCCGGAUACAGCUAUUGUAACGGAUGGCAUGGUAAUUGCCGGGGAAACAGAGGUUGACGAGUCCAUGAUCACUGGCGAGGCUACACUAGUUGUUAAAAUGCCUGGAUUAUUUGUGGUUGCUGGUUCAAUCAAUCAUUCUGGCACCCUCAUCGUCCGACUCACACGUCUACCUGGCGAGAAUACCAUCAAGACCAUUGGGAGCAUGGUUGAUGAGGCCAAAUCAUCUAAGCCGAGGAUUCAGGAGAUUGCCGACCGCGUUGCCGGCUACUUUGUGCCAGUUAUCCUUGUUAUCACUGUGCUGGUAUUUGCGAUUUGGGUGGCGAUUGGACAAGCUGUACGACAUCAGAGUGUGACAACUACCUGCAUCGUUGCCAUGACAUACGCUAUCUCUGCUCUUAUUGUCUCCUGCCCCUGUGCCAUUGGCCUGGCGGUGCCACUGGUGGUUGUCAUCGCCGGAGGUGUCGCGGCAAAGCACGGCCUCAUCUUUAAAUCUGCAGAGACAAUUGAGAUUGCACGAAAUGUGUCCCACGUCAUUUUCGAUAAAACGGGCACCCUUACGCAAGGAAAACUAUCUGUUGAAGCUGAAGAAUAUCCGACGGGAAAAGUCGAUUCGCUGGCUCCAAUGCUUCUAGGAUUAACGACAAAUAACAAUCAUCCUGUGUCUACCGCUAUCUCUGCUCAUAUGAAAGCUUUGGGAUUCCAGCCUUCAAAGGUCGAGAAUGUUGUGUCUGUGGCUGGCAAUGGCAUUGAAGCAAUGUGGAACGGAAGUACUAUUCGUGCUGGUAAUCCACACUGGUUAGGCUUUGAAGACUCACCAGUUGUCCACAAAAUCCUUUCACUUGGACUCACCAUGUUCUGUAUCUCUAUGGAUGGAGAACUUGUCGCGGCAUUUGGACUCAAGGAUCUUCUUCGUCCUGAUGCCAUCGAAACCAUCAACCAGCUCCAAAAGCGAUCGGUCGAAGUCUCAAUCGUCAGUGGCGAUAACAAAGGGGCUGUCCAGUCCAUUGCCAGACUGCUCGGUAUUCCAAGAAGCCACGUUCGCUAUAGAUGUAGCCCAGGCGAUAAGCAAGUCUAUGUUAAAGAAAUGCUCGUUCCCGAGAAAAGCGUUGUCAUGUUUUGUGGGGAUGGCACUAAUGACGCAGUGGCUCUUGCUCAGGCAAGCAUUGGUAUGCACAUGAAUGAAGGCACGGAUAUUGCUCAAAGUGCCGCAGAUGCUGUUCUCAUGCGCCCUUCUCUAAGUGGUAUCCUUACCUUAAUGGACCUUUCGAGAGCUUUCUAUCGACGAGUCGUCUUUAAUUUUACAUGGGCCUUUGUCUACAACCUAUUUGCGAUCUUGCUAGCUGCUGGCGCGUUUCCUUACACUCGAAUUCCGCCGCGAUAUGCGGGGUUGGGGGAAAUUGUCAGUGUUCUGCCGGUCAUUGCUAUUGCAAUGCAGUUGAAAUGGGCAAGGUUUCAGGGGCGGGAGUAG